AAUUAUGCUUCUCUUGAUCGUCACGUAUCAUUCUUUACCGACUACUUGAACCGAUCUGCAACCAUGACCGCCUUCAAGAAGGUCGCCCUUGUUGGUAGAGGUCAAUUGGGGUCUGCUGUCUUAUCCGAGCUCGUAAAGGGAGGCUUUGAGGUGACCGUCCUCGGUCGCUCGAGAAAGACAGAAGAAGAUCUUCCGGCCCAUGUCCGCGUCCUCGCUGUGGACUAUGCUGAUAAGCAAAGCCUGGUAAAGGCGCUCAGCGGCCAGGACGCGGUCGUCUCCACGGUAGCCUCUGAGGCUAGACCCGCCCAGAAGCUGAUGAUCGACGCUGCAAUCGAAACCGGCGUCCGACGUUUCAUCCCCACGGACUUUGGCUCCCUCACCACGCACCCUGCUGCCAGUGAUUUCCCCCACCAUAUCGACAUGGUCGAUAUCCAACAGUAUCUGAAAUCUAAGUCUCAUGAUAUCGAACACACAAUUUUCAGCAUUGGUGGAUUUACCGAAUUUAUAAUCAACUACAACCUCUUCUUCGACUGGGAGCACAAGACAGCCGAGGUCUGGGCCGACGGGAGCAGCGGUAUCAGCACAACAAGCUUGCACGGCAUAGGCCGCGCUAUUGUGGGAGCCCUGAAGAAUCCUGAGCCGACCAAGAACAAAAACCUCUUCCUACACGAACUAGUCGUCACGCAGUCUCAGCUUAUUAGCCUCGCGAAGAAGUACUCGCCUGGUGCCGACUGGACCAUCACCCAGGUCAGCGACCCCUUGGCCGAGUUCUACAGGUUGGAGGCGAUUGCAAAAGAGGACCCGAGUUUCCCGAAUACAAUGGACUUUUUGAAGGCCACCGUCAUGUCUGGGAAAUUCCAAGCCUACUAUCAGGAAGUGGAUAACGAGCUCGUGGGCUUACCACUUCUAAGCGAGAAGGAUUUCGAGUUGAAGUUCGCUCAGGUUUAUGGUAACAAGUAACAAGUAGUUAUGGCAUUUACAGGAACACAUUGUCGUACAGUGGAGAGUUUGAAGAGCACGUAUUGAGAUCGAGAGCACACAUGGAGGGCUGCAGUGCUUGAAAUGUACUAGUAGAUGGCGCGCGUGUGCAGCAGUAGACUUAAUCACGCUCAAGAUCAG